CUGUGCACGCUGGAAUCAACACUGUGUUGUCUCCAUCCAUUUUGUUUUAGUGAAAAAAGAUUCUGAAAAGUAACAGACGCGCAGUAACAAAAUUUACAUUGCAGUAUAAUUAGUGAAACAUUUAGCAUAUUCCACAACUAACUAAAUUCCCGGAGUGCAGAGCAAUGGCACAAAACAUCAGCCCUGAACAGAGUGGUGCUGGUGGCAGUAGCAAACACAGCGAUGACUCGCUGCCUGUCAAAGACAAUCAUGCUGUGAGCAAAAGACUGCAGAAAGAACUCAUGAACCUAAUGAUAGCCAACGAGAAAGGGAUAUCGGCAUUUCCGGAUGGCGAAAACAUCUUUAAAUGGGUCGGCACCAUUGCGGGUCCAUUGAACACUGUGUAUGCGAGCCAGACAUAUCGUUUAUCGCUCGACUUUCCUAAUUCUUAUCCGUAUGCCGCGCCAGUGGUUAAAUUCCUCACUCCAUGCUUUCAUCCCAACGUCGAUUUGCAGGGCGCCAUUUGCCUGGAUAUAUUAAAGGACAAGUGGUCAGCGCUGUAUGAUGUGCGCACCAUAUUGUUGUCGAUACAGUCGCUGCUCGGCGAGCCAAAUAAUGAGAGUCCACUUAACGCGCAGGCCGCAAUGAUGUGGAAUGAUCAAAAGGAGUACAAAAAAUACCUAGACGCAUUCUAUGAGAAGCACAAGGACACCUAAAAAGAGAAACACCAAGACCGUUUAUCCUCAUUCUAUGCUCAUAUUGCGGCGUAUUUAUUUACAUUUGUAUGUACGGUGCAUGCAACACCUACACACACACACACACACCACUCAUACUCCCCCGCCCUCCACAUCCUCUCUCUAUAUUAGUUAAUGCUGAUUUGGCACAUAGGCAUUUCUUUUCUCCAACUGCUGUCAUUGAUAGACGCGACUCGUUUCGAUUCUCCAAUUUUUUUAAAAAUAUUUUCCAACAAAUUAAUUAUAUAUAAUGUAAUGGUAUAUGUAUGUAAUUCUCAAAACCGUCUGUUUCAUUAAGCUUAAGCCUGAGUUGUAGUUAAUUGUUUUUAUAAAUGAUUUUUGAAAAUAUGUAAACGGGCUUGUGCCAUAAAUUUG